AUGGAAAAGUUUAAGAAAGAAAACAAGUCCAUGAACGACUGGAUGGACGAGACGGAAAAGUUGGUCAACUCACUAAGCGUGAACAUGGAUCCGAAGAAAGCGAGUAGAGUACAAGAUAAAAUUAACGAUCAUUUUUUUAAGAAGAAAGUCACUUAUGAGUCGCUCAUAAAUCAGAAGAUGGAAAAGUUUAAGAAAGAAAACAAGUCCAUGAACGACUGGAUGGACGAGACGGAAAAGUUGGUCAAUUCACUAAGCGUGAAUAUGGAUCCGAAGAAAGCGAGCAGAGUACAAGAUAAAAUUAACAUACGAUAUGGGGAGAUGAAGGACAAACAAUCUAAGGUAGACUCCAUUAAGCUGCUGAGCAAGCAGAUUGAGAACGAGACUUUGGACCCAACAAUCAGCCAGCCGUUUCUAAAGGAAGCAGAAGCACUGGGGGAAAGGUGGAGCAAGAUCAAGGAGAUGAUUGAAAAUUAUGAUGAAAAGGACGCCGGGAGCAAAGCUUCAUCCAGCAACUGCUGUGGCGCGUUCUUGAAAAAGAGACUAUUUCCGAUUUGGUCGUAUAAUUAAGGGGUGCAUGUAUGGUCACGCAAUCAAAUACUACAAUGAUACUGCGUAUUAAUCUGUCAACUACUAGGUACUAAGAUUGCUUGUAGAGAUUUAAGAGGUUGCGAAGGCUAGCUAGGUGGCAAGAGAGUUCAAUAGUCAUUGUACUCCGAUACCAAGAGAGCAGAAAUGCGAAUUAACGUUACGAAAUGUAAGGUUGUAACUAACAUGAAUGUAGUUCUUUUUCUUCAAAAAUGGAUGGAAAUACGCGAAUGUAGGUAAUAAUUGGUACAUGAAUGUCCCCAAACACAAGAUGGCUACAAGAGGCCACUGUAGGUUAAUAUGAAUCUACUAUAUGAAAAAAUGUUAUGAUCAAAUGUUUCAGUAAAGGGCUUCUUCCUGGGCAGCGUAAAAUUACAGAAAAGGUACGAUUCUGUAUUGACUUAUUGUUUGAUUGCAUGCAUGGGAUCACCUAGGAAUUAAUAAAGGGACUGGAAAGUUCAGCUCCUUCAGGCGAUUCUGUCACAUGAAAAAGUGGUCUUUGGGUAAAACUAAGCCUAACAAUAUUACGCUGAAUUACGUUCAAUUGAUUUGCAUGUGAAUGAAGUCUGUAUAAUUACUUUUUUCGGUCAUUAAACUAUUAUAUCCUCUUUCUAAA